UUCAAUUGUAAGUUUUUUUUUAAUGCAUAUAAUUGGAGUAUGUACAUAUUUCUCUGUCAUAAUAAUAAAAUAACAUAACUCCUUAAAUAUUUAAAGUUUCGAACUGAAUCGUAUUUUGCUUAAAACAUUUGAUAACUAAAUUAUGAUUUAAAACCAAAAUGGUUUAUAAAAUAUUUCUAUUGAUAAAACCUAAUUUUUUGAACUGUAAGUAAUGUGAAAAAUACAACAUUAAAAAGACCUCGCUAACCUAUUAAUAAGUAUUUUCACAAUGAAUUCUCAAGUCUGUGUUAAUUGUUUUAAUAAAAAGGCUGUUAAUCAGACGGACAAUCGGCUAGUAACUGAAAGUUGUGGUCAUAUUAAGUGUAUGGACUGUUUACUUCAUGAAAAAUCGGGUUGUCUUGCUUGUUUGAGAAAUGAGAGUGAAGAAACAAAAACUGUAGUAUUGGAGAAUGAAAAUAAAGAUGCUGAACUGGGUACGACUUAUGAAGUUCCCAUAGAAACUGAAAUAAUUCAUAAAGAAGACCAGAUUGAUUUAGAAAAUUUAAGUAUGAAAAAGUUGGAAUAUGCACACAUCAAAAUAGAGAUGGAUGGGGGUAAAAGGUGCUACACAUGUACAAUUUGUAAAAAAAAGUUCUACUCUCGAAGUCAAGUUUGCUAUCACGCCUUUUGUAAUGGACAGAAGAAGCCUCACCACUGUCAGCAGUGUAAACAGAGUUUUGCAUCACUUUCCCACUACAAGUACCACAUGCGUGUCCACAACCAGGAGCGCUCUUACACGUGCGAGGUUUGCGGAGCCGCAUUCUAUCAGAUGUCCAAGCUCAAGAGACAUAGACUUAAACACACCAAAGAAAAGAACUAUCCGUGCAAUGAAUGCAGUAAAGCGUUCAACAAUCACUCGUCGCUCCGCAAGCACAUGUUGACGCACACGCAGGAGCGGCCCUACGUCUGCGCCACGUGCGGCCGGCGCUUCCGAGACGGCUCCAACUAUAAGAAACACGUCGAUAAGCACAAGAAACGAUGCACCACGUGCGGCGAGGAGCUGCGCGAGGAUGCGGGGGAGCACCGCUGCCGCGCGGGGGGCGCCGGCCUGCGCGCGCACGCCUGUCCGCGCUGCCGGAAAGCCUUCCACUCGCGCAAGGACAUGCGCAGGCACGCCGCCAUACACUCCGAUUCAAAGCCAUUCAGAUGUAAAGCUUGCCCAGAAGAACGGCGCUUCAGACGAAAAGACAACCUGGAGCGACACAUCCGCAACGCGCACCCCGACUGCGCGCCGUCCGCCGCGGCCGAGUGCGACCUGGGCGCGCUGCAGAGCGUCGCCCGCCACGCGCUCGCCGCCGACGACGCCGACCCGCCCGCCGCCCGCCUCGCCCUCGCGUCGCCCGACCACUGCUACGACCGGACGGAGAAGAUCAGGCUCGAAAUCCUCAAUCCCCUGCCGCCGCUCCCGCAGGAGGUCAUUCGCCAGCACAUAGACGUGGCCGUCGCGCCGGACGCGAAGGUGAUGAAUAAUUCCGAGAGUGUGGUCGACAAGAAGUCCAUCAUCGAAGCGAAUAAUGCGCGCGAGAGCGUCAUCGUGGAGAAGCGGAACACGGAUGGUGAUAAGAAAGUCGAAAAGAUGAGUCCGGAGAACGAGUAUGUACACAAGAUCCGUAAGGCAAUAAUUCCUCUACCUCCGAUAGACCAAGAGAAGUUCCGCAGCGUUCAAAGAGGAUUGAUACCGCCCAGCGUGACGACUGCCCCGUCUAUAAAAAAUAUGGAAAUUUAUAAGAAGAUUUUGUAUGAGAAAAUAGAGAAGGAUACGACUGAGGUUAUACAGAACCCAAAAAUGCAUUGGAGGAGGAAGAUGGAGCAGGAUAUUAAUUAAUAUGAAAUGUAAAGGCUGACACUGGAUAGCGAAGCGAUCCGGACUGGUAUUGUUUUGUAAUCUUAAAACUUAGAAACAUAAAAUUUAUAAAUAUUUUUAUCAAAGUUAUACUGGAAAAUGAAGCAUUCAUUUUCUUUGUCGUUUGUCGUAGAAAAGAUAAGUUAUAAACAGGGAUAAGAUAUAAACAUGUAAUUCAUUAUAUAUUAUAAUAAUAGCAAUCUUUAAAAUGUUUGAAAUAACAUCGAAAAUACAAUCAUAGAAAUUUUAGAUACUUAUGAAACAUUAAGAAGUUUGAUAGAUUUAUUGGUCGCUAGAAGCGGAUGGUGUUAUAAACGACCAAUGAGCGUUCGGCAUUUAGUUACUUUGUUCAACGUUUCAGUAACUGGAUGUAAAUUUUAAAGGUUGGCUCAUUUGAGUGACUUAAUUAAGAGCGACUUACACGAUAGCAGCUCAGCGAAGAAUGCGUAUAGAGCUUUACGUCGAGUUCGUAUAGUCUAUUCGGAACCCGAUCCCAAUGUCUUGGAAUUGUGAAAUAAGUAUUAAUUAUUAUAUUAUUUUAUCAAUCCGGUACCACUCCAUACCUAACACUUCUAAUUCAAGAAGUAAAAGAUAACUAAUCUUACAUUUGCAUAUUCGUUUUGCUAAUAGCUCUGUUAUAUUAUACACUACAAACAGUUUUUGUUUAGUAUUUAUUUGUAAUUCGACAAAAUUCCUCAUAACUACUUAUAUCUCCUUUAUUUUAACUGCCAAAGUUUUCUUGAAAUUUUGGCAACAACUGCGCCGACAAUCGAUGCCUUUUCUUCAAGAAUGCAUAAUGACCAUAGAUUAUACAAGAUCGAUUUAAUGUCAAAGUUGUUAUUUUUUCUUUACUUGUCGAGUUUAUUGGGCAACGUAUGUGAUAUGUGAGCAUGCAAAUUCUUGUGUUGUUACGAAACAUCGAAUAAUAAGCAAUAUUCACGAAAAUGCCUCUGGAUAUGAUGUGUAGAAUGUAUUUAUAGGUACUGCUGACGUGUUGAUUUUGUGAAAUAUAAAUAAUUUAUCCAAU